AUGGCUACCCCUAGUGUCCUCGCUUUUGACGCUGAGGGUCGAGCCAUUGACUUUGAGGUCUGGGUCGACGACCUGCAGCUGUUCUUACAGUGCGAUAGGGCGGACGGUCUUUCCCUCUUUGACCUCACCUCUGGCGCCUCUCCUGCCCCUGCUGCUGAUGCUGACCCCACUGUUCGCUCUCAGUGGGCCACCCGCGAUGCUGCUGCACGUCUUGCUGUGCGUCGCCACCUGCCUACCACUGAGCGCGCGCACUUUAGUCAGUACAAGAGUGCUCAGACCUUGUACGACGCUGUAGUUGCGCGCUACUCUUCCCCUGCCACUGCUGCCCUGAGCCGCCUCAUGCUACCGUACCUCUUUCCUGACCUUGCUGCCUUUCCCACUGUCGCUGACCUCAUUACGCACCUCCGCACUAGUGACACUCGCUACCGCGCCGCCUUUCCUGCUGAGUUCUGCGCCAAGAACCCCCCCCCCAUGUACAUCACUCUCUAUUACAUAGUCACACGCCUCCCUGACUCCCUUCGCGUAGUCAGGGACCACUUCCUCUCAGUCUGUCCCACCACUCUCACUGUCGACCUCCUCGAGAAGUCCCUCCUGGCGGCGGAGAAGAGCAUCGUCGCUGUAGGAGCCUCUCGUGGUGACCCUCGCACCCCCAUCUUUGAGGGGUGUUCUCCUUCCCCCCUGCUGCCCUCUGUUGCCUCUGCUGCUGCUGCCGACCUGCUUGGUCUUGAGUCGGUCUGCGCGGCAUCUGCCCCUAGCGGGAGACGCCGCCCUGGCAGGGGCAAGGGGGGCAAGGGAGCGGGUGGAACUGGCGGGGGCGGUGGAGGUGGCGGUGGAGGCGGCGGAGGGAGUGGGGGUGGCGGUGGGAGUGGUGGCGGGGGCGGUGGUGGCGGUGGCAGCAGCGGAGGAGGAGGCGGUGGUGGCGGCAGCGGUGGGAGCGGAGGCAGCGGUGGUGGUGGAGGUGGAGGCGGCGGUGGCGGAGGGGGUGGAGCUGGUCGGGGUGGUGCCCCGCAGCGUAGCGGCUCUGGUGGUGGCCAGCGUCAGCAGCAGCAGCAGCAGCAGCAGCAGCAGCAGCGUUCGCGGGACAUCCCCCCGCCCCAGCAGCUCCGUGAGUGGUAG